UUCAUCUAAACCUAAACCUAGCCGCAAGUGGGUUGGUCGAGAGAGUGGGAGAGACGCUAUCUCCUUGCCGCCAUCGCUCCUCCCUCUUCUUCUUCUCCUUAUUCUCAUCGUCGUUCUUCUCCGUGCGAAUCGCGCAUCACCGCCGCCUCGGUUCGUCUCUACCUUGCGCAGUUCGCCAUCGAAGGAGCCAUCGACGCUGGAGUUAGAGCCUCCGUUGUUGUUUUCGUUGCACCUGUGAGGAAGAAAAGAUACGAGGAUUUGAGGAAGAAAAGUUACGAGGAGUUGAGGAGAUCGCAUCAUCACCACAGCAUGUCGUCACCACCGAUCACCGAUCUGCGCCACUAUGGGCCGAAAGUCACUGGAGGACUAGCCUUCAAUUCCGAAUACCUAGAUCCACCGAGACGAGUGCAAAUCGUGAAGGUUAAGUGUUCUCCUUUUUAAUUUCUUGCGCAGCAAGUGAUCUAUUCCUAAGCCCUAACUCCGUGUGUUCGUGUAGUUGUCAUCGCGCGUGAGCCAUACCGAUCUGAUCUUCUCUCACAUUUCCGUGUCAUUCCAUCUUCGAUCUAAGACAAGGGAGGAAUAAAUGAAGAGUAGGAUUAACAUGUUUCAGACAUAAAUUAGCUGUGGGCGUUCGUAUCUUCGAAUCAGUGCAUCGACCACGAAGGUGCUCUACCAGAAUCCAUGUAAACACAUGACCUUGUGUAUGGACUGUGGGAGAAGGUGCUCUACCAGAAUCCAUGUAAACACAUGACCUUGUGUAUGGACUGUGGGAGAACUAUGGUGGUUGAAAAGGAGACCUGCGACGAGUGCAAAACCGUUUUCAGUCGAUUGAUUCAGGAAUUUUAUAUCAAGCCCACGUCUGAAGAGGAGAAUGAGAGGGCGGGGCGCUUUUUCGCCUCGUUCCCACCUGAUGCCAAGGCUCUAGAUUCUGCGCCUGGAACAUUGUGUACUUUUACCGACGAUAAGAAAGGAGGUCCGCCGGUUAUGAAGCAUGAAGGCAUAAAUCAGGAGUACGAAGCUUCUCGGAUUGUAUUCCCAGAUCUUGCUGGUGCUGUUAGUAGGGGUUCUUAUGUGUUGAUUCCAGAAGAAAACAGCCCCAAUUAUCUGGCCGUCCCUUGCGAUUCUUGGUUUGAGAUGACCAAAAAGACUCCUCCUAGCGCCGGGACCAUCGUGGGAAAUCAGAGCAGCGAAGAUGCUCCGGUUCCAGUUAGUGCACGAGACAUGAUGAGGAUUGCCAAGGAGAAGUAUGCUGCGGAGAGAGAAGCCAAUAGGAUCCGCUUCACCAGAAACGAGGGAACAAGUUCCGGCAUCGGCGAGGGAACAAGUUCCGGCAUCGGCGAGGGAACAAGUUCCGGCAUCGGCGAGGGAACAAGUUCCGGCAUCGGCGGUGAAGACGAGUCGCCUAUGGGAGACGGUUUUGACGCCGAGAGAGAGGCUUCCAAUGAUGAUGAAGAAGACUGAAAUGAGUAACGAAGAAGAUGAAGUAUUCAGUAGUAAUCGGUGAAUCCAUGGUCACCUUCGUGUUUCUUUUUUUUUUCUUUUUCUGGACAUUCAAUAAUCCAUGGUGUGGACAGCUUUUUCCUUUAUCUGUUUGUUUGAAUUUGUUUGAAUUUUAACUCAGACUCGUUUAGAAUUACUAAAUAAAAAAAGGAAAAACAGGUCAAAUCAAU